GAAGGAAUGCACCGUACACAAGGGGGGCCACACGCUGAAAAAGUUUGGGAACCACUGCUUUAAAGAACCAUUUGGAGAGAAAGGGCUGCUGCUUCCAGAGAUAUCUGCACGCAACAAUGCUUAAGACAGAAGUCAAGCCUUACUGGGAUCUCUCAGUCAAAGUUUUACGUGGGAAUAUCAAAAAAUCAUACGACUACUUUUCUGAAGCUGACUGCUAUGUUAUCUUGAACUUACCAACUGCAUCUGCCCGUACAUAUCGCACCAAGACGAUCUCAAAUAUCAACACACCUGUAUGGAAUGAAACCUUCCACUUCAGGUUGCAGAGCAAUGUCAAGAAUGUUCUGGAGUUCCAGGUCUAUGACAAUGACCCGUAUAUGAGAGAUGAUCAUAUUGCCACUGUCCUGUUUGACAUUAAUAACCUCACACCAGAAAAGAAGGAGGAGAAAUGUUUCAUUUUAAAUGAUACGACAAAAGAUGAGCUGUGGGUGGAGUUUGAGAUGACACCGAGCUCUGAGGUGCCGAGCCCAUGUGUUUCUAAUGGGGUGUUGGUGGCAAGUCCUUUUUGUGAGCUGACGGUGGGGGUAGACAACCUUCUUAAGAACUCUGGAGCAAUUUCUAAUAUGGUGUUGAACCUAAAAGGGGCAUAUAAAGAGGAUCAUGUCAUCUCACAAGAGAAGAAUCAGACAUUCUUAGACACAUUAUGUUAUUACAUCAACCGAAACAUGGAAACUGAACUAAAUCUCACCUCUUCUGAGGGAUAUCAAGUUGCAAGUCAAAAGACUCAAGACACUGGGACUUGUAUCCCUUUGAAACCACUACCAGCCCAACACCAAAUUACAGUGUCUUUGCCCCUGGGACAGGAAAAAGUUGACGUGGAGCUGAAAACGGAUGAUCGUGCUACUGAAGAGCUCGAUGUACGUUUGGCUUUUAAUAUGUCAAAGGAAGAAAAACAAUUUCUGGAAAAGAGGAGUAAAGUUGUAUCAGAGGCACUUCAGAAAUUUCUGAAUCUCAGCACUCCACCUGAACCCAGCAAGGUUCCAGUGAUAGCUGUGGUGUCUUCAGGAGGUGGGACUCGGGCAAUGACGGGCACCUAUGGAGCUAUUAAAGGGCUGCAGGAGAUCCAACUCCUUGAUGCUGUCAGCUACAUCACAGGGCUUUCUGGCUCCACCUGGACUUUAUCUUCUCUUUACUGCGACCCCAACUGGUCUAAAAGUGACAUCAAUACGUUUAUAGAGUCUUCGAAGAAAGAGAUCUCCAAAAGUAAAUUCAGUAUAUUUUCCCGUGAGCAGCUGUCAUACUACAAAAAAAAGAUGGAUGAGAGAGAAAAAGAAGGGCAUACCACCUCUUAUAUUGACAUGUGGGGUCUAGCUAUAGAGUAUCUUAUACAAGGACAGAAACCCUUCGGUACACUGACUGAAAUGCAGAAGGUAGUGUCAGAAGGCCAGAAUCCUUUACCCAUCUUCACAGCUGUUAAUAUGAAGGAUGGCAAUUCAAAAUGUACAACAGAGGCCGAAUGGUGCGAGUUCACCCCAUAUGAAGUUGGCAUUCCUAAGUAUGGUGGGUUUGUACCUGCUCAGAACUUUGGGAGUGAAUAUUAUCUUGGUCACCUGGUCAAGAAACUUCCUGAAACUAGUGUGUCCUAUCUGUUGGGAAUAUGGAGUAGUGUUUUUUCAGCGAAUCUGACAAGUGUCUGGGGUGCUGCCACUGGGGUCGCCCCCUCAUCGAGCCCUGAGACUCCAAAUGAAGCGAGUAAUACAGAGACUGAAAAUAAGACAAAUACACUUGGCACGUCCGUUUUGAGCCCAGUGGCUGACUUAGCAGGAUUGAUGAGCAGUUUUAUGACCAGUCGCCCAAUCAUAAGCCAGAUGGCCAACUUCCUGAGGGGUCUGCAGCUACACAGAGAUUACAACGAGAACCCUGCCUUUGUUGCAUGGAAAGAAAAGCACCCAGAUGCCUUUCCUAACACCCUGACUCCAAUGGAUCCUCAGCUUAACUUAGUUGAUGGUGGAUUUGUCAUAAAUUCAGGAUAUAUCCCUGUGUUAGGCUCUCAAAGACAUGCAGAUGUUAUUCUGUCUGUAAACCUCUCCUGGGACCCAGACCAGUUUAUGGUUCUGAAGCAAACGUAUGAGUACUGUAUGGAUCGCAAGAUUCCAUUUCCAAAGAUUGAUUACAAAAAGGCACAGUCAGAGCCGCUAAAGGAAGUUUAUGUGUUUGAGGAUCAGGAAAAUCCAGAGGCUCCAAUAGUGAUUCACUUUCCCUUGGUCAACAUCACUUUCAAAGAGUUUAAGGCACCUGGUGUGAAAAGAGUUGGCGAGAAGGAACUACAGGAGGGAGCUGUUAAUGUUGACUUCACUGAUGGCUCCUCCCCUUACAUCACACGCAAACUUACAUACACACCGGAGGACUACGACAAGUUUGUUAACCUCAUUUCUUACAACAUCGUAAACAACAAAGAUGUUGUUUUGGAAGCUCUGAACCAAGUAGUUAAGAGAAAAUCCGCAUAAAAAGACAAGUUCAUGUCUGAUAGAUCUGAGUAGAAACAUACAUUUGUGUUCUAUUUCAUUUAUUACAUUAUUUCAUUCAUCAUUAAUUCAAUUAAAUCUUUAAUUUGUUAUAUCAUUUUAUUAUUUACUUUUUUCUUAUUUGUAUUAUUCUUUUAUAUUACUUUAAUUGUAAUUUUAUGUACACUCUAAAAACAAAUGGUACUAGCACUAAGUGAUUCUUGGCUCGUAAUCACAGAGGAACCAUUUUUAGUGAUAUAUAGCACCUAUGAAGCACAUAUGAAGAACCAUACGGAGGUCAUAUAGCACAACUUUAGCACCACAUAUGGUUCUACAUAGCACAAUAUGGUUCUACACCGGUGCUACACAGGUACUACAUCGGUGCUAUUUGGUACUUAAAAUGGUUCCUCAAUGAUUACGAGCCAAGAACAACUUUUAGUUUAGUGCAAUUUAGCACUGUUUGUUUUAAGAGUGUAUUUAUUCUAUUCUACAUUACUUUUUUAAAUUUUGUUUUAUCUUAUGUUGGGACUGUAUUGCCUUUUAAUGCUGAUAUGAGUCUCCAAUGUUCCACUUUCUUUGUUUGUUAUAAUACCUAAAUCUGCUCUUAGUCCGAGCUUAGUCAGACCACCGAGAAAGCAAAUAAGAUUAUUCAAUAAAUCCUCUCUAUUUUAUUAUUACAACACUUUGUUUCCAGCCUGUAGUUUUCUCAUUCAUCCCUGCAUUGUGGCUUAACUCACAACAGAGUUAACUAUUUUCAGUUAUGGACUGAGUCAUCUUUCCCUGACAUGGAAGAUCUAGUGAGCUAAAUCUUAAGUCGGAUCUGUGCUAUCUAACAAUUUUGGACGUAGCCAUAGUUGGAUCAGUCGUGUUGUUAAAAAAAGCUUGCUAACAAAAGCACAAAAGUUGUAGGAAAAGUGAUCUUUAUAUUUGCUUUUAAAUGUCCGUCCAGAAAAGUAAUUUAAUCCCUUGCAAUGUCAGUGCCAUUUAGGGGCUGUCCACACGGAGACGCGUAUCACUGUAUACGUAUAAAUUUGUUAUCGUAUUGGCGUUUCAUCCACACGGAUCCGGCGUUUUGGGAGACUGAAUCCGCUAUUUUUGAAACCGGGUCCUAAAGAGGAUAAAUCUGAAACCGACACCCUUGCAGUUUCGUCUGUACAGCCAAUCCGUAUAUUUUGUGAAGCGAAAACGUCAUCACAUCACGUGUCGGAAGCGUCACACAUAACAGCAACAACAAUAACGGCGGACUACGUGAUUGUGUUCGUGUUACAGAAGCUACUAAAGCCUACUAGCUUUAUUACAGCAAAAUCUAUUGCUUCUAUGCAAUUGUGGUGACCAACAAGCGAUAAUGCUCAAAGUCUUCUUCUCCGUGUAUAGUGUAUAUCUGUGGCAGAAUUACAGCGCCCCAUACUGGUCCGGCAUAUCUACUACACCGCUUUCAGUCGGUUUCAGUGGUUUCGUGUUUACGGAUUAUUUUUUUAGAGCAAGGAAAAAAAUUAUCGGAUAGGGAAUGCACCAGCUUCGUGUGGACAUAGCCUUAAAGGCAGGGUGCAUGAUUUUUAAAAACACUUUCGGAAGGGAGUCAAGCCGAGUACCAAAACACACGCAUAGCCAAUCAGCAGUAAGGGGCAUGUCUACUACCAGGGUUGCGUAUGUGUGCGACGAGUCUAUCAAAAGAAGGUCCAGAUUCUGUUGGGGCGUGUUUGUUUAGGUGAUUUCAAUAGCUUUCAGAGACCAUGCACCCCGCCUUUAAAUGUAUUAAAUAUAUUUUUGCAGUAUGACAGUGUAUGAAUAUACAUUAUACUUAUGUUCAAUGUAUGGCAUUGUUAUAAGACCUUAAU